GUUCUCUAGUCACGUGACUGUGUGACGUAGCGUCCUCCACUCUGCGCUGAUGCAGGGGGGUUUCCAUCAUGGCGUCGAUGCAGAAAAGGCUACAAAAGGAAUUAUUAGCCCUGCAAAAUGAUCCACCCCCAGGAAUGACGCUCAAUGAAAAAAGUGUACAGAACACCAUCACACAGUGGAUUGUAGACAUGGAGGGAGCACCUGGAACACUGUAUGAAGGAGAGAAAUUUCAGCUGCUUUUUAAGUUUAGUAGUCGAUAUCCUUUUGACUCACCUCAGGUAAUGUUUACAGGAGAGAAUAUACCUGUUCACCCUCAUGUGUAUAGCAACGGUCACAUCUGUCUGUCUAUUCUAACGGAAGACUGGUCUCCAGCCCUCUCGGUGCAGUCGGUUUGUCUUAGCAUUAUCAGCAUGUUGUCCAGCUGCAAAGAAAAGAGGCGACCACCCGAUAACUCCUUUUAUGUAAGAACAUGUAACAAAAAUCCAAAGAAGACAAAGUGGUGGUAUCAUGAUGAUACAUGCUAAUGUACAAAGUUUGUAAUAAUCAUAGAAGAAAGAAGUCCUACUGACCUACGUAAAGCACUUUUUAAUCAUUCAGUCUCUGAACUCUGACCUUUGACUGGAACAAUGGACACCAGGCGCUGGGGGCUCUUAACUGCAUUUCCCACACGGGAAGUUGGAUGCAUGUUUCGUUGGUUGUAACAUAGAGAAUGAUAAUAAUGGAACGUUUAGAUGCACCCAAGGAGGAUCGUGUUUCGCAAAAGGUAGUAAGGCAGCGAGCGAGCAAGAUGGCUUUGUAGUGAGAUAAAUAUAGUUCCUGUUUAAGAUUAUUAAUGUUACUACUUUUUGUUUGUGUGUGGGUGCAUUUUAAGGUCCUUGUGUUGUGCAAUAACCGAUGGAUGCAUGCUUGGGCCUACAAAGAGAAAUCCAAAUCUAGUCGUUUUCUGGAAGGGAUCUGACCAUUAUUACCCCAGGAAAAUGCUUCAUCCGUUUGUUUUAUUUUGAACAUAUUAUUAUUAUUAUAUGCACUGUGAAAGUCUAGUUUGAAAAGGCACUAUUAGUACAUUAUUCUCAGCUUAGAGUUGAACUGUAAGCUGUCCACGUAUCUAUCAGUUUUAGUUUGUAACCACUAACUCAAGAGUAGACACAAUUAUUCUUCUUUCUUCAUCUUCCAACUCCACCUGGUUGCAGUUCUUCCUACUGUUGGACAGAAUAUUGGUACAGAUGGGAAUAAAACUGAUAUAGUAGAUCUUAUCAGCUGAAGACCUCAGUGUGUACAUCUAUUUAUGAAGUUGGACUGAGCUUGUAACGUUCGCUAGUCCAUCCUUAAAGAUGUGCAGCGGCCUCUCUUCCAUUUAAGGAAUGUCUGUAAGAGACCAUUGAUGCAUGAUUUUUUAUUUGCUGUUCCUUUUUUUUUUUUUUUUUUUUUUUUAAAUCUCAUGCUCAAAUGUUUCAUUUUAAAUGUUUUGACUUUUUUGUACUCUUUCAAAUAGCUGAUACUUUGGAAAGGGGGGAUGUAUAGGUCAGUAUAUUCUCUUUUUUUUUAUAUUUGUUAUUUAAUUUAAAUAUUAUAUGCAGAAAGAUAGUGAAUGGGCAGGAGAGUCUUUCUACGAGUUUAAAACGACGAGGCUUUUCUGGUUUUCCCCCUAGUCAGAGUUUUGGCUCAGGUACUUUUUUCAAUAGAAGAGAUCACCUCUAAAAAAAUACCUAUCAGAUAUUUUGAAUUUAGCUAUAUUUUCACCAAAAGAGACUGUUAUGUUACCUAUAACAUGUCGGAAAAUAUUGUAUAUAAAUUUUUGAGUUAUUGGAUGAUGCAGUAGAACUUAGCAGAGGAUGCAUUUUACGGCUGAUAAUCGAAUUGCUUCAGUUCAUUAGAAGUUAGUCUCUGCAUCUCUUGCUAAGUAGAGUCUGUACAGUCAGCUACAAACUCUAUUGUUGGGUCAAGAGAAAACAAAAGGUAGAUUUCAGUGGGGCUGCAUGCGAUUUCAAACCCUGCUUUUUCUUACUAGCGACAGACAUUGUAACAACUUUUCGUCUUUCCAUAACUUAAAUAACAUCUUAGGGGAUGGAUAUGACACCUCACCUCCUGUGGCACUUUGCCAUUUCAAACUGUAAUCACUCCAUUCCUGAAAAAACAAACGUUCAUCGCCAUCCAGUCAAGAGAUACUUGAAUUUUCCAUUUUUUGGGGUUGUUUGUGUUGCAUUUGCUUUUUCCAGGGUCUAGUUGAGUUUCUUGAAUGAACAUGAGUGAAUGUGAUAAUACUGUAUACUGUAGAGGAGAUUACCACAGCACACUGCUAUCUCAAAACUAUAUUGAUAACUUAAAGACAUCUAUUUAACCAGUGGUUUGUUUAUUUUUAUUUGCUUCUUUUUAAUGUUCUUGUUUGCAGUCACUGUGCUGAGGGAAAAGCUGGUUGGACUGAAAGGAUUCUUUAAAUGCAGUCACAACAGCAUUUGUGCAGGGACAAAAAGCCUUCACCCAGUUGAAAUACUUGCUAGUGAUAAUAUUACAAGAGUUUGGAACUGACUUUUUUCCCCCCCUAGUUUAUUUUUUUCCCCAUUUUUCAUUGUGGUUUGAACUCUUAGCUUGCAGGUUGUUGUGAGUGAUAAACACUAUUGAGGGUGUGCUAUUUAUAUUUAAAUUUUGUUCUGGGAUGUGCAAGCUCCAUGUAAUAGGUGCCUGUUCAUUUUCAUAAUCAACAAUAAAAGCAAAAAAUCACUUUUAUUCUAA